AUGACGCUGAAGAGCAGGCCGAACGGCCAGCAGCAGAGCUCGGUCGACCGGGGCGUCGACCGGGCUGGCUACGGGCUGCGGGACUCCAUCGCAGACAAUUUGCGCGAGGACCUCGGGGAGGUCUUUACAGCUUGCCCGGUGUGCAGCCCCGCAGGCUGUCCGGAGAUGCUGUCGGCGGCCGCCGUGCACUCCCCCUCGAGGGCGCCCUUGCGCCAGGAGGCUCCGCAGCCGGGGCGCGGCGAUCGGGAGCGGGGGCGCUCCCGUGCUUUCCCGGCCCGCGGCCUCUCGUUCCUGGAGCCGGCGGGCGUGGGCAUCCGCGGCGGCAUGUCCGAGGACAGGGCGCAUCGGGCCGUGCCCGCGGGGGGGGCACUCACGGCUGCGAACGUCGUCGCCAGCUCCUCCCGGGGUCCUCCGGGCGCGGCGUCAGGCGGCAUCACCGUCGUGGGCUUCGGCAGCCUCCUCUCGGAGCGCUCCGCCAGAGGCACCUUUCCAGACCUGGCCGGGUUCCGCCUGGCGCGCGUCCGCGGCCACCGGCGGGUCUUCCGCCACCCGGCCGGCAUCUUCUUCGAGCGGGGCAUCGUGCCCAAGGAUACACUGGAGUUCUCCUCGUUGUCCGUGGAGCCCUGCGAGGGUAGCUCCAUCGUCGUUGCUGUUAUGGACAUCCCGGACAUGGACAUGGACGCCUUGGCAAAACGGGAGGAGGAGUACGACCUGGUGGAGACCCCGUUCGAGCACGUGGACUCUGCGGAGCCGGCUGGCUCUGGGCUGAUGUGCCUGCCUGCCGUCGGCGACGUGGACGCUUUCGUCGAGAAGUGGGGGGCGGCGCGGUUCCAGGAGUCCUACGGCCAGUGGGGCAUCAAGACCAUCUGGGGCUGGGGCCCGGACAGCGGUAUCCUGCCGUGCCCAGUCUACCUGCGCCACUGCGUGCUCGCCGCCCAGAAGGCGGGCACCGCGGCCCUGGAAUCUUUUCUGGACGACACCUUCCUGGCCGACAGGACCACCACGAUCCGUGCCUACCUCGCCUCUCGGCCCGACAUCAUGGAGACCCUGCCCCCGCCGAGCCUCCUGGAGCGCUACAACGGCUGA